AUGUUUUGUACACUUAGAAAAUGUUUGCACAGAAAAGAAGCCAUCAGAGCUUUGAGUACCGGAGAAAUUUCAACGGCUCUCAGACCAUUUUAUUUUACUGUUCAUCCGGAUUUAUUCGGUCAAUUUCCUACCCAGAGGACUGUAAAUGAAAAUUCAUUGAAGCAAUUGAGUUCAUUGUUAGAAUCUCUCCAGCAGAGGAGGCCUAUAAAACCCACAACGCUACCCUUCUACUUGCGAUCCAAAGACGAGAAAGAUCUUAAAGCCGGUAAAUUUACGCUGGUUAAAAUUCAGUUGAAUGAGCGAGAUGUCAAAAAAGCUAUUUUGUCUAUUUUAAAAACAUGCAAUUUGUCGACGACUUUUCUGGACAAAAUUAAGGAGCCGGUGGUUGACAAAAGUAAAUUUCCGUAUCACCAUGAUCCAAGGGUUGAACGAGAUGGGAUUAAUUUCUCUCAGUACGAGGACGAUCCGUUUUAUAUGUCGAUUUUGAUGAAAAAGAAAAUCAAUGUGGAGCCUGACACUUUUAAGGCAUACGUGGAAAAACAUGUGAAUGAAGCUCACAUAAAAUUGGAAGCUUGUCGACCGGUGAGAGAAGAAGUUGAAAAGUUAGAAAAAAUGUUGUGCCAAGAUUUAGGUCUAAAAGAAAUCAUCUGGGACUGCGGAUGGAAUAUUGCUCAUUAUCGUGGAUGUUUGCUGGCAUUCCAAGCUCUAUCGCGACAUCACCCAGAGCAAAUGGACGUAUUGAAAAACCGUACUCUUGUUUUUGCCAACGGAACGGGGAUAAGCUUAGAAGGGAGUGUUAUGUUGAAUUCUGGAGAAGUUCGACACAACUGGCUAGAUCUGAUAAAAAAUGUCAAAAAGUACGACCCGGUGUUAGUCCGACUACCAGCCUUUGAGAAAGCGGUCUCGCGAGUCUUGCUGGAUAUAAAAAUUGGACGACGGAAGUUCAUGCCGAAAGUAAUGGUUGGUCAGUAUGAGUCCCAGUUGAGACAGCUGACGACAACGCUCUCGGAUUAUAGAGGGAGAUCUAGCUAUCCAAGUUCUUGGCCUUCUAGUUUGUCUUUCCAUGAAAUUGUCAUUGAAGCUGAAGCUGGACCUUUAAUGCUUUCACCCACUGGACAAUUUAUCGUGCCAUCCUCAUGCCCUGGUUUUCUUCUUGUAAAUUUUAUAACUGAUAAUUUAGAUGAAGCUACAAAAAGAUUAAAUCAUUAUGAUAAAAUAAAACACGUCGAGCGUGAGAUUCACAACAGAACAAUAAAAGAACUUGGUUUAUUGGCGCUAAACAAAGACGACAGCAUCACUCCAGAUCUGAUGAUCGCUUGCUGUGAGCGUCUACUCAGUCACAAAUCAAUCCUAGGACCUGUUCUAGAGGGUGUUAUGCUCUGGGUGACACAUUACUACUCGGUAAUGAGUGACGGUGUUCUAUGCAUUCCCUGGGAUUGGAAAUUGUAG